GAAAGGCUACGUGACGUCACAAGGAGCGGUAUCCCAUCAGAUGUGUAUACUUAUGGGUAUUUAAAUGCAAAUAGUUUUUUUUUCUCAAGAAAUCUAUACUACUUAGUUUGGACACAAAGGAUGAUGAACACAACAUUUUGAACUAUAAACAGCAGCUUGUGUGAUCGUUGUAAUAGUGUGAUUUCUCUGCUGACAAGGGUAGACAGCAGUUACUCUGCACCAUGGAGCUGCAGUUAAAUCGAAUGGAUUAUCUGCAGGUAGGUGUCACUGCGCAGAAAACAAUGAAAUUGCUCCCAGCAUCAGGACGGAGAGCAACACAGAAGGUGGUUGUUGGUGAUCAAGAUGGAGUUGUUACAUGUUUUGGUAUCAAGAAAGGGGAAGCUGUGCCAGUUUUUAAGACUCUUCCAGGGCAAAAGAUCUCCCGAUUAGAGCUAGGAGGAGCGCUCGGCACUGUACAGGAGAAGAUUUUUGUGGCUUCAGGUUCCGGAGUUCGAGGAUUUACAAAGAGAGGGAAACAGUUUCUCUCAUUUGAAACUAACCUGACAGAAAGCAUCAAGGCUAUGCAUAUAUCUGGUUCUGACCUCUUCCUUUGCGCCAGUUAUAUCUAUAACCAUUACUGUGAUUGCAAGGACCAACACUACUUCCUAUCAGGUGAUAAAAUCAAUGAUGUCAUCUGUCUACCAGUGGAGAAGUUAGAAGCCAUUAUCCCUAUCCUGGCCUGUCAAGACCGAGUGCUAAGAGUUCUUGAGGGUUCAGAAUUGACUUAUGAAGUAGAAGUCCCCGGCCCACCUUCAGUCUUAUCUUUGAGUGGUGGUAAUGGAGGUGAUAGUGCAGAAGAACUUCUCUACGGGACAUCAGAUGGGAAGAUUGGUUUAAUUCAAAUUGCUAAAACUUCCCCUGUACUCAAGUGGGAAAUAAGCAAUGAGAAAAAAAGAGGAGGUGUUUUGUGUAUUGAUAACUUUGACAUUGUGGGAGAUGGUGUGAAAGACUUGCUUGUAGGCCGAGAUGAUGGGUAUGUGGAGGUGUACGGUUUUGAUAGUGCAAAUGACCCCGUCUUACGCUUUGACCAUGCUAUGUCUGAGAGUAUAACAUCAAUUCAAGGAGGUUGUGUUGGGAAGGAUGGCUAUGAUGAAAUUGUAUUAUCCACAUACUCUGGAUGGGUCACAGGACUUACUACAGAGCCUGUAUAUAAAGAAGCAGGACCUGGUGAAGAGUUAAAAAUGAGCCAGGAAAUGCAGAACAAGAUAAGCUCUCUAAGGUCUGAGAUGGAGCAGUUACAGUUUAAAGUUCUCCAGGAACGCGAGAGAUACCAGCAUUCUUCUCAGUCUACCACUGCUGUCUCUGCUGUGCCUGUGUUCAGUAUCAAUGAUAAGUUUACCUUGAAUCGAGAUGAUGCCAGUUACAGCCUGAUCCUAGAAGUACAGAUGGCCAUUGAUAAUGUAUUAAUGCAGAGUGACGUCCCUGUGGACCUGUUAGAUGUAGAUAAGAAUUCCGCCGUUGUCAGUUUCAGUGGCUGCGAUACUGAGCCAAACGGCAACUUCCUUCUUGCUACAUAUCGCUGCCAGGCGAACACCACCAGAUUGGAACUUAAGAUCCGGUCCAUUGAGGGACAGUAUGGAACACUGCAAGCAUAUAUAACACCUCGAAUUCAACCAAAAACUUGCCAAGUGCGUCAAUACCAGAUUAAGCCUCUUUCUCUCCAUCAGAGGACUCAUGUUAUUGAUCAAAACAGACCGAUGAAUACACUAAGCCUGACUGGUCAGUUCAGCUUUGCAGAAAUUCAUUCAUGGGUGGUGUUUUGUCUCCCGGAAGUCCCAGAAAAACCACCAGUGGGAGAGAACAUUACAUUUUACUUUCAGAAUACAUUCUUAGACACACAGCUUGAAUGUUCUUACAGGAAAGGGCAGGGAGUUUUUAAGUCUGACAAUAUCUCCACAAUCUCGAUCUUGAAAGAUGUCCUCAAAGAAGCCACUAAAAGGAAAAAUAAUCUGAACAUAUCCUAUGACAUUACUGAAGAAUCUGUUGGCCAUACAUUGAGAAUGAUUCAUCCUAAACUGGAAUAUCAGUUACUCUUAGCCAAAAAAGUCAGCUUGAUUGAUGCUCUUAAGGAGCUCCAGGUUCAUGAAGGAAACACUGACUUUCUGAUUCCAGAAUACAAAAGUAUUUUAGAAGAAUCUGAAAAACUCCAGGAGGAAUACAAAAAGCAGCCAGCUCAUCUGGAGAGGCUUUAUGGAAUGAUAACGGACCUCUUCAUUGACAAAUUCAAAUUUAAAGGCACCAAUGUGAAAACAAAAGUUCCUCUCUUGCUGGAAAUUUUGGAUAAUUAUGACCAGAAUGCCCUCAUGGCUUUUUUCGAUGCUGCAUAAGGGGCUACAAUGAAUAGGGAUUUUGAAGUUAUUUGUAGUGAUGUUUAUUAGGGCAAUCAUGUAUAUAGUAUUUAUUUUAUAGCAAUUUGAGAUCAGCAGGCCUGUGGUACAUUGGCAGUGCCAGGAGCCCCCUAUGAUAUUAUAAAAAGGCAAUAUGUUACGUUUAUUUCUUCUUGUAAGACAAUGCCUUUCAGCCUUAUUUCCUAUGUUAGGAGGUGAUUGAUCAUUUAUUAGCAGACAACAUAGACACCAGUGAGAAUUCUAUUCCAAUGUUUGUAUUUGCAUUAAAUAAAUAAAAAAAAAUGCUACUCAUUCCAUAAAUUAUUUACUAGCAUUUUUGGGUCAAGUUAUUAAAACAGGUUUAUUUAUUUAUAAAUUGCCCUCAUAUUAAAUCAACUGCAGGGCAAACCAAUAAAAUAACCUAGCCCACUAUGGGCUAGAUUAUAUAAUUUCGUCUCUGUUUUCCUACUUUGUACAAUGACAAUAAAACGAAUCUAAUCUAAUAA